AUGGGAAGAUCCCUGACCGCGACACUUCCGCUGAUUCCUCUCCCUCGCGGAACUGUCCUGCUCCCCGGCCUCGCCUACCGCAUCACCGUCAACUCCAGCCGGCCCGACAUCCCGGCCCUCCUCGCCCACGUCUACGAACUUGCCGCAUCAAAGGGCCCGGAUGGCCGCAUCGACACAAUCCCCAUAGCAUGCGUCCCGGUGUCGUCCCCGCUGGUCGGCCCGGACGGCCAGCUGCUCAUUACCAAUGGCGAGGACAUUGACAAUACUCGCAUCGAUUCCGUCAAUCCGGGCACUGCGAAAAAGGAUGACUUGUUCGGCUUCGGAGUCGCGGCCAAGAUUGUGGGCAUCGACGGCCGCGGGUCGGGCGAGUUCGCUCUGCGUGUUGAGGGCUCGAGCAGAGUCAGAGUAGACGGCAUCACUCGCGAGCGUCCCUUUUUUGAAGCCAAAGUCACAUAUUAUGAAGACGAAAUUGACGUCGUCGACAAGCAACUGCAAGACUUAUUCAGCCUGCUCAAGCUACGCUCAAGAGAGCUCGUCACAAUUCUUCGCAUAUCGUCGUUACUCCCUCGCGCAAACGGCCCCUCCCUCUCCCCCGCAGUCACAAAAAGGUUGGAGAUGCUCAUCAUUCGAAGAGAAUUGAAGGAGGCUGGUAUGCUGGCUGAUUUCAUGGCCAACCUCUUGGACGCCACCCAUGAGGAAAAGCUUGGUAUCCUAGCGGCUCUGGAUGCCAAAGUAAGGCUCACGAAAGUCAUUGAGCUUUUGGAGCGCCAAGUUGGUGGCAUCAAGAACAACUUUAAGAUUACUACGUUCACAACGGUCCCGGUUCAAAUCAUUGACCGUUUGAAUGAGAACCCCUCCAAAAGACAGAAUACAAUGCCGCCAAUGGCAGGCAUGGGAUUUCUGCCGCCUCCAGGGGGGAAUGACCAAAACGAAGACCAAGAGGCGUCUGAGCUUGACGAGCUGAAGAAGAAGCUUCAGGCUUCAAAACUUCCGCAGGAUGCUGCCAAGGCUGUGGACAGGGAGCUUCGACGGCUGCAGAGGAUGCCCCCCAUGAACCAGGAGUAUCAAGUAACAAGGAACUGGCUGGAGACGGUAUCUGAAAUCCCAUGGACAGCAGCUACAGAUGACCGGCUGGGGCCUGAUACCUUGACCAAAGCCCGAAAACAACUUGAUCUCGACCACUACGGCCUGGACAAGGUAAAGAAGAGGCUCAUCGAGUAUUUGGCUGUUUUAAGGCUUAAGCAGUCCAUUAAUGACGAUAUGGAGGAACAAAUCCGAAAGGCAGAGGCCGAUGCUGCUGCUGCUGCUGCUGCUGCUGCUGCUGAAAAAACCAUUACCGAUGGCAACAGUCGAGACGCCAGUUCAGAGGAAAUCGCCAAGAGUGAUGCGUCUGAGUCGGAGCUUGCCAAGCUCCAGGUGCUCAAGUCAAAGCGCACAGUCGACAAGUCGCCAAUCAUGUUGCUCAUCGGACCUCCCGGCGUAGGAAAGACAAGCCUGGCCAAGUCGGUUGCGACUGCUCUGGGCCGCAAGUUCCACCGCAUCUCCUUAGGCGGCGUUCGAGACGAAGCAGAAAUCCGCGGACACAGGAGAACGUACGUGGCGGCCAUGCCAGGCCUCAUCGUACAGGGCCUCAGGAAGGUCGGUGUGGCGAAUCCCGUCUUCCUCCUUGACGAGAUUGACAAGAUUGGCUCGGCAAGCGUACACGGUGACCCCUCAGCUGCCAUGCUCGAGGUUCUAGACCCGGAGCAAAACCACAACUUCCAGGAUCACUACGUUGGCAUGCCGGUUGACCUGUCCAAGAUUCUCUUCAUCGCCACCGCCAACAGCCUCGACACCAUCCCUGGCCCUCUGUUGGACCGCAUGGAGAUGAUCUAUCUUCCUGGCUACACCACGCUUGAGAAGCGCCACAUUGCCAUUCAGCACCUGAUUCCAAAGCAGCUCAGGGCUAACGGAUUGGCUGACGACCAAGUCGAGUUCGGCCAGGAGGUGGUGUCUAAAAUUAUUGAGUCGUACACCCGUGAGUCAGGGGUUCGCAAUCUGGAACGAGAGAUUGGCUCUGUAUGUCGUGCCAAGGCAGUUGAAUACGCUGAGGCGAGAGACAACAGCGCCCUCGAGACAUACCGGCGACAGCUCACUCUCGACGAUGUCGAGCACAUUCUAGGCAUCGAGAAGUUUGAGGAAGAAAUUGCCGAGAAGACGAGCCGUCCAGGUAUCGUUACGGGACUCGUGGCCUACAGCACCGGCGGCAACGGCAGCAUCCUCUUCAUCGAGGUUGCCGACAUGCCCGGUAAUGGACGGGUGCAGCUUACGGGCAAAUUGGGCGAUGUUCUCAAAGAAAGCGUCGAGGUUGCUCUCACAUGGGUCAAGGCUCAUGCCUUUGAGCUGGGCCUCACCCCGGAACCCCACGUCGAUAUCAUGAAGGAUCGCAGCAUUCACGUUCACUGCCCCUCAGGAGCAAUCCCCAAGGACGGGCCUAGCAGCGGCAUCGGCCAGGCCAUUGCCCUCAUCUCACUAUUCUCUGGCAAGCCAGUGCCGCCUACAAUGGCCAUGACGGGUGAGAUAUCCCUCCGCGGCCGGGUCACCGCUGUCGGAGGUAUCAAGGAAAAACUCAUCGGUGCCCUCCGAGCGGGGGUUAAGACAGUGCUACUUCCAGCGCAAAACCGCAAAGAUGUCAAGGAUCUCCCUCAAGAAGUCAAGGAUGGCUUGGAAAUUCUGCACGUUGGCCACAUUUGGGAUGCGAUCCGACUGGUCUGGCCUGAUUCCCACUGGGCUGAGGACCAUCAAUUUGCCGGCAUUGAGAGCCGUCUGUAA